AAUUACGAAAAGCCCCGGCGGCGCAAAACCUUUUCCGUUGUCUUCCUCUUCUCCGGAGACAUAGCGCGUCUCUUCCCCAUUAAUGCCCUAGAUUUUCUCCAUUUUCGUCAAGAAUCCAGUUUAGUUUGAGUUUGUCCAAAUUAAGGCAAAAUGGAGAUGGAAGCAGUUUGCAAAGAGUUGGAUGAACUGAAGCAUGCAAUGGAGGUUCUGAGAGAUGACUGCCAAGUGAAAUCCAAGUUGUUGGAGAGCUUGAGAAGAGCUCAUGAUGAACAAAAUUCCAAGCUCCAAGAAGCUAAAGCUACAGUUGAAAAGCAAACUCAAGAGCUUGCUGCCAAAUCUGAAGAGAUUAAUCUCUCCAGAAUUAUGUAUGAAGAUGUGAACAAUACUCUUUUAGAGAAGGAAUUAUUGCUAAAAAAUCUCAGCUUGGCUAAUGACAACAUCAGGAUGAGUUCUAGGGAGAGGGUGAUGAAGUUGGAAGAAGAGAACAAAACUCUUAUUUCUGCUUUGGAUGAAGCAAACUCGAGAAGAGAAGACGGGGAGCGAAAGUUGAGUUCUUGCAAGAAAGAGAUCGAAGAGCUUCGAAUUCAAUUGGUGCAGUCUCAAAAGAAGUGUUCUGAUGCUGAGGAGAAGGCUCAUGUUCUUGGUGAAGUGAGGAGGAGAGAGGAAAUGAUUCAGAGAGUAGAGCGGGAGAAUGAGAAGUUGGAAGAUAAGCUUAAGUGGAAGAAUGAGCAGUUUCGGCACUUGGAAGAAGCACAUUGUAAACUUCAGGAUGAGUUUCAGUCAAGUAAGAAAGUAUGGGAGCUGGAGAAAUGUGGUUUGCAUGAUGAGAUUUCAUCUUUGCAGAUGAAUCUGGACUUGCAAAAGAGAGCUGUUGAAGAUUUUCGUUCGAGAUUAGAGAUGUGUAAUCAAGCUCUUGCUCAUGAAGAAAGUAGAAGAAAAUUACUUGAAAUUCAGAUGAGUGAAUUUGAAACUCGGUAUGAGAAUGUUGUAAUGGAGUAUGAAGAGGUUAGAUCUAGCAUUGAUGUAUUGACAGCUAAGCGAGAUGAGGAGAUUGCCACACUUCGUAACUCAUUGGCCACCAAAGAAGCAUGUUUCAAGGAAAUGGAAUUUAGAAAUGAUCAGCUUGAACAAGAUAAUAUAGAGCUUCGGAGCUCUCUGAAAGAGUUUCAGGAAGCACAGAUUAAUGCAGUGGAAGCUACUGCUUCACUGAAGACUCUUCGUCAAAAGUUUAGAGUUUUGGAACAGAAGCACAGAAGUUGUUCCGAGGAAUUCAGGGCUAAAGAGGCUGAAUGGAGUACUCAAACAGAGAAAUUAAGGAGAGAUUUGGAUGAGUGCACGUUGAAGUUAAGCGGCAAAAAUACAGAGAUAUCUGAAUUGCAGCUUGAGUUAGAAAGCACCAAUUCUUUGUUGUUGCAACAAAAGUUGGAGAAUGAAGAGAUGUCAAUUGUUCUUGCUGUCUUCAAAUCAGCAUUAAUGGAGUCCUACAUGAACCUUGAAAGCUUGAAAUUUGAGAUUGAAAGAAGAAAUGCAAAACAAGAAGAAAGAAUUGCAUGUCUAAUGGAGCAGUUGGAUAAGAAGAAUUGUGCUCUUGUUCUAUCCCAGUCUGAAAUCAAGCUGGAACAUGAGAUGGUGCUUGAACUGCAGAGAAAGAUGGAAUGCGUAGAAUCUGUGAAUCUGGAGCAUGUUUCAAAGCUGAAAGAACUAGACAUCUACAAAGAGAAGCUUGAGGAAUCAUCCCGGAGUUUCAGUAGCUUCAAAGACCAAGUUUCUCAGAAGGAAAGCGAGCUGCAAGAGAAUAUGAGGAGAGUCUCCGAUGCAUUAGAUGAUGCAAAUUCUGCUCUUGCUGAAAAAAGCCGGGAACUUGACAGGUGUAAUAGUAUGCUUGCAGAGUCAUCUCAGAGUUUUAGUCGUUUCAAAGAAAAAGCUUGUAUGAAGGAAAAGGCCCUGCAAGAGGAAUUGAAUACAUUCUCAGAUGCUUUAGAGAAAGCAAAAUUCUCUCUUGCGGAGAAAACAAGAGAGCAUGACAUGUCCAAGGUGCUGCUUGUAGAAUCAUCUGGGGUUAUUCUUCGCUUAAAAGAACAGGUGUCUCAAGCUUCCCAGAAGGAAAAUGACUUGCAGGAGGAAUUGAAGAAAGCAACAGUUGCUUUAAAUCAAGCAAAUUCUACUCUUGCUGACAAAACAAGUGAAGCGGCUAAGUUUGAAUAUCAAAUGCUAGAAAUUAAAUCAGUAGUUGAGAAACUGGAGAGGCUGAGGUCUGAUUUGGAAAUUGAAUUGAGUAAAACACAUGAUGAAUGCAUAGCAGUUAGAAAGGAUUUGGAUGCCUGCACUCUUGAGAAGAUGAUGGCUGAAGAAAAAUUUAUGCAAGAAAAAAAUGGUUUGAAGAGAGAUAUCAAAGAGAAAGACAUGUUAAUCAAAGAGCUUCAGCAGCAAAUUGUUAUUUUUGAAGAACAUCAAGCAAGACAGUCUGUGGAGGAUAUCGGAAAGGUUUCAGUUGCAGAAGAUGAAUAUGAAAGACUGAAGUGUCAGGAACAAGAAUAUGCAGCAAGGGAGGUUGAAAUUUCAGCAAUGAUUGAACAAGAGAAAGCAAAGUUUUUAGAAGCCAUGAAGGAGAAAGAAUGUGUUAUUUAUGUUAUCCAGCAACAAGUUUCUUCACUGAAAAGAGCUUUUGCAGAGUUGGCUGAAGCAGCUGGCAGUUUGAAACCUUCUGACAUGAGGUUUGAUAAUGGAGGACUUCAUGAUACUUUAGAAAAAAUUGUGUCGACUCAUAUCCUUGACAAACUGGAUCUUCAGUACAAAAGCUUGCUCCUUGUUGAAGCAGAAAAGGAAUCGCUUGUUCUACAGAAAAAACUUGAAAUUGCAGACAAACUAUCAUUUGACUCAAAGAAAGAAAAGCUUGAGGCAGAAAACAAAACAGUUGAAAUUGAGAAGGAAUUGAAAUGCCUGCUGUCAAACAAUUGCAUUCUCAAAGGAGAGAUAGAAACUCUUAAUGCAGUCAUUGAACAGUUCUCAUCAGCGGGAGAGAAGAUGGAAGAUGACAUUGUAUGUUUCACUAAUUUGGUUAUGGAUUUGUCUAACAGUGAGAAAGAACUAGCAAAGUUUCUGAAGAAUAUAAAUGCUCAAGAUGAAGAGGUUGCUAAAUCCUGCUGCAAAGAAGACAACAAUUAUCAGCUGAAGAACAACAAAAUAUUGGAGACUUUUGCUACAAGAUUGCCAUUGAAAGAGCAAAACUUUUAGCUAGAUUUAACCAAACUGUUUGUUUGAUUGAUGUUCUAUCUCUUAUUUUUGUGUGUGUGUUAGCUGUUCCCACUGUAGCAAGUGGUCAUUAAUCAGUAUGGAUGACCUGAAAAGCUAAAUCAAGUCAGAAUUGAGCUC